AUUUCUGCAUAAUUUAUAUUUGGAAGAAUGUCUAAAUUAUAUAUUUUGCUCAGAAUUCAGUAUAUUUAGUAACCCAUUAUCAAACAAACAAGCAUAACAAAGAAGGCGAACUGGUAGAAAUAAAUAUGUCGUUGAAACAGUCGUUCUAGAGUCGUUCAUCUAAACACAUUCGAGCUCUUAUAAUGUCUAAGAUUAAAUAAAAAAAAACCUAUAUUUUUCAUUCAAAAUUUCCGGUAUUACAUUUGGCACUAAAUUCUGAGAAAAUUUUCAAAUGUCUUUGUAUAGAUGCUCAUCCAUCUGUCUGAGGAAGCCCAUCCUUAGAGGUUUUAAUAUUCUGAAAAGGUAUAUAGAGCAGCCAUGUCUUCCAAGUUGUCUUAGCAGCAUCCAGCGACUGCCAUUUACAACGACUGGAAGAUGUUAUUCACCUGAUGAUUCCAACACGAAUGGUUGCGAUGGAGAAAAGGACAAAGAAAAAGCAGCGGCAGCAAAACAAAAAAAGAAAGAUGAUGAAAAAAUAAAGGAAUAUAAGAUGCAAUGUUUUGAACUUCAGAAGAAGGCACUGGAUGACGAAAUCCAAUCUUCAAGUGAUAAAGAAAAGCAAUUAAUUCAGGGUAUGAUGAAGUGUCUGACCGAGGGUAUGAAGAAGGCGUGUUCGAAAAUAGCUCUAGCAAAACUGUGUGCUGAUAAAGAACUUGAAGAUCAGUGUGCUGCACUAGCUAAAAAGGACAAAGUUAAAGCUAUGCUCAAGAAGUGUGAGAAGAAAAUGGCUAAAGAAAAAGCUAAAAAGCAAAAAUGCCCACCUGAGGAAAAGGAGGAUGAGAAGAAGAAAGGCAAGGGCAAGGGAAAAGCGAAAAAGCCAAAACAGCCAAAAAACAGAUUUACACUAAAAUUAGAGAAGUGCAUCAAAAGCGAAUGGGCCGAUGUUUGUGAAUGUCGUCAAUGUUUUAACGAAGAAGAAAAGAAAAGACUGUCGAAAACCUACAAAUGUCUAGGAGCUGAAAUUAAAAGCGUUUGUAGAAAGAAGGUAAUAAGCGAAAUGUGCAAGGAAGCUGGACAAAAAAGCAAGCCUAAGAAAUCAGACAAAAAGCAGAAAAAAGAAGAUGAAAAGAAAGAGCAAGAGUUAGAGAAAGCAGUACUUAAAGAACAAGAAAAAGAAGAGAAAAACAUAAAACGUCUAGUAAAAGCAUUAAAGAAAAAAUGCAAAAAGAAGCAAGAGAAAGCUCUUAAGAAAAAGUGUAAAGAGGAUGCCAAAAAGAAAAAGAAAGCAGCACUAAAAAAGAAAUGCCAAAAAUUAGCUGAGCAAGAGAAGUGUAAAGAAUUAGCUGAAAAAGAGAAGUGUAAAAAAUUAGCUAAGAAGGAAGAGGAGGGGGACGAAGAGGAAAAGUGCGAAAAAGGGGAUGACAAGGAAAAGGAAGCAAAACAAAAGAAAAAGUGUAGAGAAUUAGCAAAAAAAGCAAAGAAAGCUGCGGAAAAGAAAAAAUGCGAAGAAGCAGCUAAAAAAGAGAAGGAAGCGGCUGAGAAGAAAAAGUGCAAAAAAUUAGCUGAAAAGGAAAAGUGCAAGAAAGCAGCUGAAAAGGAAAAGGGGAAGAAAGCAGCUGAAAAGGAAAAAUGCAAAAAAUUGGCUGAAAAGGAAAAGUGCAAGAAAGCAGCUGAAAAGAAAAAGUGCAAGGAAUUAGCUGAAAAGGAAAAAUGCAAAAAAUUGGCUGAAAAGGAAAAGUGCAAAAAAGAUGGGCAAAAAGAGAAGAAAGGAGGAAAAGAUAGGAAAAAGUGUAGAGAAUUAGCUAAAAAGGCAAAGAAAGCUGCUGAAAAGAAAAAGUGCAAGGAAUUAGCUAAAAAAGAAAAAGAAGCUGCUGAAAAGAAAAAGUGCGAAGAAGCUGCUAAAAAAGAAAAGGAAGCUGCUGAAAAGAAAGCGUGCGAAGAAGCAGCUGAAAAGGAAAAGUGCGCAGAAGCUGCUAAAAAAGAGGAGGAAGCAGCUGAAAAGAAAAAAUGCAAGGAAGCGGCUGAAAAGAAAAAGUGCAAAGAAUUGGCUAAAAAGGCAAAGAAAGCGGCUGAAAAGAAAAAAUGCAAAAAAGGUGGAAAAAAUGGAAAGAAAGGAGGAAAAGAUAAGAAAAACUGUAGAGAAUUAGCUAAAAAGGCAAAGAAAGCUGCUGAAAAGAAAAAGUGCAAAGAAUUAGCAAAAAAAGCUAAAGAAGCUGCUGAAAUGAAAAAGUGCGCAGAAGCUGCUGAAAAGGAAAAAUGCGCAGAAGCUGCUGAAAAGGAAAAGUGCGAAGAAGCUGCUAAAAAGGAGAAGGAAGCGGCUGAGAAGAAAAAGUGUAAAGAAUUAGCUAAAAAGUUGAAGAAGGCAGCUGAAAAGAAAAAGUGCAAGGAAUUAGCAAAAAAAGCUAAAGAAGCUGCUGAAAAGAAAAAGUGCGCAGAAGCUGCCAAAAAGGAGAAGGAAGCGGCUGAAAAGAAAGCAUGCGAAGAAGCAGCCGAAAAGAAAAAGUGCGCAGAAGCCGCUGAAAAAAAUAAGGAAGCGAAUGAAGAAAAUGAUUGUGAAGAAGCUGCUAAGAAGGCAAAAAAAGCUGCCAAAAAGAAAAAAUCCGAAGAAUUUGAAAAACAGUUGGAGGAAGCAGCUGAACAGAAGAAGUGCAAAGAAGCGGCUGAAAAGAAAAAGUGCAAAGAAUUAGCUGAAAAGGAAAAGUGCGCCGAAGCUGCCAAAAAGGAGAAGGAAGCGGCAGAAAUGAAAAAGUGCAAGGAAGCGGCUGAAAAGAAAAAGUGCAAGGAAUUAGCCAAAAAAGCAAAGAAAGCAGCUGAAAAGGAAAAGUGUAAAAAGGGUGGUAAAAAAGGAAAGAAAGAAGGAAAAGAUAAGAAAAAGUGUAGAGAGCUAGCUAAAAAGGCAAAGAAAGCUGCUGAAAAGAAAAAGUGCAAGGAAUUAGCUAAAAAAGAAAAAGAAGCUGCUGAAAAGAAAAAGUGCAAGGAAUUAGCUAAAAAAGCUAAAGAAGCUGCUGAAAAGAAAAAGUGCAAGGAAUUAGCUAAAAAAGCUAAAGAAGCUGCUGAAAAGAAAAAGUGCGAAGAAGCUGCCAAAAAGGAGAAGGAAGCGGCUGAAAAGAAAGCGUGCGAAGAAGCAGCUGAAAAGGAAAAGUGCGCAGAAGCCGCUAAAAAUGAGAAGGAAGCGAAUGAAGAAAAUGAUUGUGAAGAAGCUGCUAAGAAGGCCAAAAAAGCUGCCAAAAAGAAAAAAUCCGAAGAAUUUGAAAAACAGUUGGAGGAAGCAGCUGAACAGAAGAAGUGCAAAGAAGCGGCUGAAAAGAAAAAGUGCAAAGAAUUAGCUGAAAAGGAAAAGUGCGCAGAAGCUGCCAAAAAGGAGAAGGAAGCGGCAGAAAUGAAAAAGUGCAAGGAAGCGGCUGAAAAGAAAAAGUGCAAGGAAUUAGCCAAAAAAGCAAAGAAAGCAGCUGAAAAGGAAAAGUGUAAAAAGGGUGGUAAAAAAGGAAAGAAAGAAGGAAAAGAUAAGAAAAAGUGUAGAGAGCUAGCUAAAAAGGCAAAGAAAGCUGCUGAAAAGAAAAAGUGCAAGGAAUUAGCUAAAAAAGAAAAAGAAGCUGCUGAAAAGAAAAAGUGCGAAGAAGCUGCUAAAAAAGAAAAGGCUGCUGCUCAAAAGAAACAGUGCGCGAAAUUGGCUAAAGCGGCUGAGAAAAAGAAGUGCGAGGAACUGGCCUUAAAAAAACAGUGUGCAAUCCUUGCCACAAAAGAACGGGAGGCGGCUUUAAGGUGGAAAUGUGCGAUAGCUGCUAAAAAAGCAAAAAUGGCAGCUGAAAAGAAACAGUGUGAAGAACUAGCGAAGAAAGAGAAAGAGGACGCUGAGAGAGAAAAGUGUGCAGAGCUUGCUCAGAAGGAAUUGGAGGAGGCUGAGAAGAAAAAGUGCGAAGAAGAGGCAGAGAAGAGAAAGUGUGCAGAAUUGGCAAAAAAGGAAAACGAAGAGGCCGAAAAGUGUGAGCAGUCUGAGAAGUAACAAUGUGCAGAUUUUGACAUAGAGGAAACCGAAUUUGAUGUAAGGAAUAAAGCAAAGAAGGCGCAAAAAAAAAAAAAAAUAAAUAGAAAUAAAUGUUAAAAAAAUAAGUGCUGAGCAUCUGCUUAUGAUAGCAACGAAGUUCAUAGGAUUAAGCGCAAUUAAGACGUCCGAUAAAAGUCGGCUGAAAGGAAAAAGCAUCUAUAAAUAACAAAGUCAAAACUGAUAAGAAACAAGCGAAUGACACCACGGGCUUUUAAAAUUAAUUAAGAAACAGCUAAAAUUUUUAAAUCGGAUUAAUUUUAAGUCUCGAACGUAAAACCAGAUAUGAAGAAUUGUGCUCAAAAUGGAAACAACCGAAUAAUCAGAUUCAGGAAGAAGGGCUCUCAGAGUGGCUUGAGAUAUAAAUUUAUUUGUAAUACAGUAAAAAUUUAAUAAAUUAUUUUUAAAGUUUA